GAAACAGAGAUCUCAGCAGACUAAAACAGAUCUUCUUCAGCUCACAAAUUGAUUCCAAAGACUUUCGUCGGAGAGAAGUUGAAUUGGAUCGAUCAAUGGAGUCGGAAGAAGAAGAAGAAAGUUCGGUGGCCAUGGCUGAACCAUUCGACCUUACCACUCUUAAAAGACCAACCUUGCCCAAUGGCACUGGAAAUGGACUCUCCGAGUCUGAUUCCACUGCUCACGAUCACCUUGUACAGACCGUCUUUGAACUAGGCUUUCAGAAUGAAUAUCUCAAGUCCCAGUUCCAAGGCUUUGCAGAUUCUCAAUCUACUCCCCAAAAGGACGAACCCGGAGACCACCACCUUCAUCGUCAAGCUCUCGUACAGCUCCAGGAAACCAUCGAAUCCUUGAAUGCGCAGCUUUCUGAAGAGAGACUGACUCGUGUGGCCGCGGAAGAGGCUCUGAAGCAUCUUCAAGGGGCACACUCGGAGGCAGAUGCUAAAGCCCUAGACCUCUCUCUGAAGCUCACUCAAGCUCAACAGAAGUUUGAUCAAGAAAUGAAAGAACGUGAGGGGAAAUACGCUGAUCUUGACUCCAAAUUUAACCGUCUUCACAAAAGAGCCAAACAGCGUAUUCAAGAUGUUCAAAAGGAAAAGGAUGAUCUUGAGGCUCGAUUUCGGGAUGCAAAUGAAUCAGCUGAGCGAGCAUUGUCACAACAAUCGGCAUUGCAGCAUGAGCUGGAGCGUACGAGACAACAAGCAAAUGAAGCAUUGAAAGCAAUGGAUGCAGAGAGGCAACAAUUAAGAAGCGCAAACAAUAAACUCCGGGACAAUAUUGAAGAAUUACGACAUUCGUUACAACCUAAAGAGAGUGCUAUUGAGGCAUUGCAGCAGUCACUUCUAGAGAAGGAUCAGAUGUUGGAAGACAUGCAAGGAUCACUGCAGGCUGCCGAAGAAAAACGGCAAGCUUCAAUAGCUGAACUCUCUGCUAAGCAUCAGAAGAACUUGGAAAGUUUGGAAGCCCAACUUGCUGAUGCAAUUUCAGACAGAAGUAAGGCAACUGAAACUAUUUCUUCUCUUCAGAUGCUGGUUGCAGAGAAGGAAUCAAAGAUUGCAGAAAUGGAUGCAGCAUCAACAGGUGAAGCAGCCCGACUUAGAGCUUCUGUGGAAACUAUCAAAGGAGAAAUUGCUCACUUGAAACAUGAGCAUGAUAAAGAAAGGGAGAGCUGGGAAGCUACAUCUCAGGCACUCAAAACAAGACUGGAAAAUGCUGAGAAUAACUGUAUACGUGCUGAAGUUGAAGUAGCUAAAAUGAGAAGCCAACUGGAAUCGGAUUUAUCAUCACAAACUCAAGUGCUUAAUGCAAAAGAUGCUGAACUAGUAGCUGCCAAAAAUGAGAUCAAACGCCUUGAAGCUGACUUUUCCUCUUAUAAAAUUCGUGCUCAUACACUUUUGCAAAAGAAAGAUGCAGAGCUAGCUGCCGGUAAAGAUUCCGAGCAAGUCAAAGCUCUUGAGGAAGCACUCAAAGAGGCUGAAAAGGACGUUUCAUUGGUUUGUGCUGAAAGAGACAGAGCCCUUCAAGAUCUUCAGGAAGCUCUGGCUAAUCAUGAUACGGAACUUGCAGAAAGAGAGUCAGCUCUUAUUGAUGUCAAGCAGCAAAUUAAGAGCUUAGAGUUAAAGCUUGAUUCUGCUAAUGCACGCAAUCAAUCAGAUAGAGAGACAUGGGAAAGGAAUCUCCGUAACUUGGAAGAAAUGUGGCAAUCAAGAUACGAUGCAUUGAAAGUUCAAAAUGAAGCAUCUUCUGGAGAAGAUAUAGAGAAGGAAUUAGGAGAUCUCAAGCUACGGUAUAAAAAAUUAAAGGAAGAGCACCAUUCAUUGCGUGAUCUUGCUGAUAGGAUGAUUGAGGAAAAGGAUAAUGAGAUCUCCAGACUCUUAGAUGAUAACAAGAAUCUUCAGCGAUCUUUGGAAUCAAGACCAAAAGCUGAUAUGAAUGACAAUUACAACACAGGCUUGCAGAAAGAUGACGCAUCUAUAAGUACCUCUGCAGCAGAACAGCAGAUUCUGAUUUUGGCGAGGCAACAAGCCCAGAGAGAAGAAGAGCUUGCACAGUCACAGAGACACAUCCUGGCACUUCAAGAAGAAAUUGAAGAGCUGGAACGUGAGAAUCGCCUCCAUAGUCAACAGGAAGCCAUGUUGAAGGCUGAGCUUCGCAAGAUGGACCGAACACAGAAGAGGGAAGGGGUGGAUUUGACAUAUUUGAAAAAUGUCAUCCUAAAGCUUCUUGAAACAGGUGAAGUGGAGGCUCUUCUACCUGUGAUUGGAAUGCUUCUUCAAUUUAGUCCUGAAGAGAUACAAAAGUGUCAACAAGCCUAUCGAGCAUCUGCAGAUGCUGUUCCAAGCCCAUCGGGUGAUGCUUCUUCGGGAUCUUCUCGCUCUCUUUUCUCUAGAUUCGCAUUUGCAUAAUUGCAAAAAGGAUGCACAUAAUUCUUUCAUUGCUUGCCUCCUAUUGCAAUCCAGUGCAGCAAAGUUAGCUGCUUGUUGCCUUGGAGGCAGAGCAGAGCAGUGCAUGCUUGCCUCGUUAUCAACAUCAGAGUGGAGGUCCUGUCUGUCUCCGUAAAGUGUUUUACGAAACCACAGGAAAGUGUAAAGAGAGAUUGGCAUGCAUACAUCAAAUUUUAGAGGGAGUGAGGAGGAACAUUUCGACAGUACUUGUUCGUAACUGUCAUUAAAGCUGAUUCAUUGAUUUUUGACGAUUAUUUUUUAGUACAGGGAAAAUGCGUAUAGAUUUUGACAGAGUAUUGUUGGAAAAUAAGACCAAUAUAGAAUGAAGGGUACUCAGAAGAAAAUACACCAAUUAAGCCAAGGAUAGAACCCAAGCAAUUUGGACUUGAGGAGUGGCCUAUGGCCGUAAAAGAAUCGAUUAUAGUUUUCAGUGUGUUCAUAAUGUAUAAUAUAAUCUGUCUUAUGUUUGACUUUCUUUUUAAUUAAUAUUUCGAAGCAAGUGUACUACUUGUUCUUUGUGAACUUCUUUUAUUAUUAUUAUUAUUAUGAUGUUGCAAGUUCUUUUUGAACUUGAAUUUCACUUUGUGACAA